UCAUUAUUUGACCUGCUUGACUCGCCGUAGCUUUGCAGUGGUUUCCUAGGUAACUCAAAACACAAGAUUGUUUUUAGUUUAACAGCUAGCGUCACUUGGAUAUUUACUAGCCACGCAGAAUGUCGAAUGCAAUCUCACUGUUAGUCUAAAGUUAAUUGGUGCCUAAAGAGUGACGUUUAAAGGACUGACUGAAAGUAACCUAUCGUAUUUUCAUUAGCUGAAGGGCUAAUGUUACACGUGCGAGUGUAGCAUGCAGGGCAAGAUGGACCAAACUUCACAAACUCGCAUCUAUGUGGAGAGAACUCUGGCCCUUGUGAAACCUGAUGCCAUCCACAAAGUUGAUGAGAUUGAGGACAUUAUCCUCAAAUCCGGCUUCAUUAUCCUGCAGAAGCGGAAGCUGCAGCUAAGUCCAGAGCAAUGCAGUGACUUCUAUGCAGACCAAUAUGGAAAGCUCUUGUUUCCAAGCUUGACUGCCUUCAUGAGCUCUGGCCCCAUCAUUGCCAUGUCGCUGGCCCGCAAGAACGCCAUUGCCCACUGGAAGUCUAUCAUAGGACCUGUCAACAGCGCCAAGGCCAGAGAAACUCAUCCAGGGUGUCUUAGAGCAAAAUAUGGCACUUCUGACCUUAAAAAUGCACUCCAUGGCAGUGAGUCAUUUCAUGCAGCUGAAAGGGAGAUCAAAUUCAUGUUCCCCAACUCUGUAAUUGAGCCCUUUCCUUCAAGAGAAGCCAUCGAUGAAUACCUGAGCCGGUAUGUAAACCCAACUCUGCUACAUGGACUCACUGAGCUCUGCAAGCACAAGCCACAUAACCCCUGUAUUUGGCUUGCCGACUGGCUGAUCAACAACGAUCCAAACAAGCCUCAAAUAUGUGAUGGAGCCAUUGUGGAAUAAGCAGAAUGACAACAGGGGAAAAAUACAUAAUUUAGGUUAUUUUUUAAGAAAUUCAUCUGUUCAGUACUUUGAGAAAAUAAAGUGUAUUUUAAGCACUA